GAACGAAAUAGCCGAAUCCGAAAAUUUCCCGGGGAAAUUAUUGGAAGCGAAGGAAAUUCGUUCUUCCGCGCAUAAGGAUUCCGGUUCAGAGAUACAAAAAACCCAAGAACAGAGAUUUUUUUUUAGCUUUGAUUUGCGGAGGGGAUUGCCGUCGACGGAGUUAUCAGCGGAGAGGGCUGAAAUCAUUCCCGUUUCAUUCCCUCCCAUGAAGACGAGCUUCAUCCUCAGAGUUCCUUGCUUCUUCCCUCUUUGAUCGCCAAAUCCCUUUUUCGGGGGAGAUGUUCAAUGUUUGGACAUGGUUUCAGUAUUGCUUAGCUGUGCAUCCGUUGAAGACAGAGGUGAUCAGCUCUGGCUUGAUUUGGGGUGCCGGUGAUAUUGCUGCACAAGCCAUUAACAACUACACGGCCGCCGCCGAUAAGCCCCUCGUGUUUCAGGAUGAUGAAAGGCCUGAGAAGAUAAACUGGAAACGAGUAGCGACCACGAGCUUGUUCGGGUUUGGAUUCGUUGGACCUGUCGGCCACUUCUGGUAUCAAGGUCUAGACAGAUUCAUGAGGUCACAGCUAUUCCACCCCAAUUCGCUGCGAUUCGUUGGUGUCAAAGUGGCGAUCGAUGGCUUCAUCUUCGGGCCGUUGGAUCUGCUCCUGUUCUUCACGUACAUGGGCAUUGCUGCUGGGAAGAGCGUCCCACAGAUCAGGGACGAUAUGAAGAGAGAUUUCCUCCCGGCUUUCAUGUUCGAAGGUGGCAUAUGGCCGAUCAUUCAGGUGGUGAACUUCCGCUUCGUCCCUGUGAAGUAUCAGCUCCUGUAUGUCAACUUCUUCUGCUUGAUAGAUAGUUGCUUCCUCUCGUGGCUCGAGCAGCAGCGCAAUGCUCCCUGGAAGGCGUGGGUGAACUCCUUGGUACCUUUCCAAGGGGAGAAAGGGUGA